AAUGUAAAUAGAAGAUAACCAGUCGAAUUGUUUGCGGUAGAAAUAAACUAAUCACCAUGAGCCGUAAUUUGUGCGAUGAAACUUUCCCCGCGAGCCUGUUGAUCGAGUUCGAUGAGCUGGACGACGAAAUUCCCAUCAGUCCGGAUCUCCCGAAACAUCACUCGCUCGGGGCCUUCCCUCGGCACCAUUCGACGCUGUCUGGAGGGCCCACGAUCGAAAAUGCAUCCGAAAAGGGCCACGACGAUCGUAACGGGUCCCGGAUGGUAAUAUCGGGUUCAUCGAACACCUCCAGCGGACACUCGUCACUGUCGACCGAGGGGGAAAACCGGAGCGCCUCGAGCGAACGGGACACCGCUCCGGUUCCCCAUCGCAAUGAAGGGGCGGUCCUGGGGGACAAGCUGUUGCUGAAGCCGCGAAAAUUUCGUCCACCCCGAUCGAUGGAGAGCCUGCUGCUGCAGCAGCAUUCGCCCGACGGUGGUAAACGGACACUGCGCACACUCGCAUCAGCGCAGCAGGGAACCGGUCUCGGCAGUAUAGGUACAGAAGCAGGCAGCUGUGGUAACAUCAGUACCGGAAGUGGCGGCUCACAGAGCUACCAUCGCACCCGGACAAAGUAUGGCCACAUCCAGAGCAAGGUGAAGAAGCAGAUCGACGAAAUGAAGCCCAACCUCAACCGUGAGCGCAAGUCACUCAUUCGCCACAAAUCAAUGCCGAACACGUACGAACCAAACGCAGAGGAUGUGGAUAAUGAAAUUCUCGAUGAGGAAACAAACCCGGAAACGCUGCGGAAGAUCAUCCGGGAGGUGAAGGAGCACGCGCGAAAUCUCGAAGAUCAGCUCACCAUGCGCGAUCUCUUCCAUGAGAACGUGUUCAAUGAGCUGGCCACGCUGAAGUGCAAGAACAGCGCGUUACGCUUGGAGAACGAUCAGCUGCACGAGCAGGAGCGGGCCCGUGAACAGCGCCGACAGGUACUGCGCCAAUGCAACCAGCACGGUGGUUCCUGCUAUGGAAGUCAAUCGUCGCUCCACAAGGCAUCCCUCAGCACCUGCUCGGUGAGCACGCAGACGAGCCCACGGGAGUUCGAUGCUUCCGACGUGGUUGGCUUCGAGUUUCUCGUCAGUCCGGAACGCCGAUCCCUGCAGCGUAGCAGUUUAUCCGCCGGCCGGAGAACUGUACGAUCCCCGAUUGUGGAGCAGCCUCCUGCCUCGCCGGUCGAGCCCGAGUCGAUGAUGGGUGAGUUUUCGCCCGACUACGAGCAGCUGAUACCGAUGCUUGGCCGACGCGACGAUUCGUCCAGCUUCCUGCAUGACCUGCGCCUCCGAGAGCAGGGCGCUCGGACACCGGCCCGGACCACCAUCGAACGGUCCGACACGGAUCAGACGCACGAGAAUGGAAACGGUCCUGGGUGCCGGGAUUGUCGCAAGCGGCGAAAGAAACGCAAAUCCAGGAAACAGAAACUUGCAAGCCUGUUCUGCAUACGACGCCACGAUGAAUCGCUGUGAAGACGUCGAGCAAAACUGGAAGACCCGGAUCCCGUUAACUACACAGUCGCAGCCAGCUCUGGUACAUUAGUAAUUACUUUUUAUUUUACACGGUCUUUUUUUUAUCUUUCACAAAUUGUUUUUGAAUGUUUCAUUAUGUUUCCUCUUGUCAGGCAUACGCACCGCUGUCUCGCAUUCUCUCCCAAUAUACAAUAUAAAUAGGUAGUAGCAUUAAACAUGAAA